AUGCCCUUCAGCGUCUGCCUGCGCGCCUGCGAAGGGGCGGGGCGCUGGGGCAUGGUGCUGUCCGGUCUGCUCGACAUGUGGGACCGAGGUUUUCACGUCGACUCCCUGGCCUACAACGUCGGUCUGAAAGCCGUCCUCGCUGUCGACGACUGGGCGCGCGUGCUCACCACCUUUGACGACAUGGUCUGUCGAGGGGCGGCCCCGGUGGCCAUGGACUCGAGCUGUAGCACAGCCCUGGUGGCAGCUCAAGCGGGGCCAGGAGUCGCCUGGCAGUUGGUCGUCAACUUCCUCGCGGGGAUGCGAAGGGGUGAAGUCGAUCCUGGCACGGCGGGGUACAACACUGCUCUUGCGGCUUGCAUUCGUGCUGGCGAGUGGGAGAGGGCGAUCGGCCUCUUCUGUGACAUGGAGAGGUGGCGAGUGGCGCCUGACGUGUUUACCUUCAGCAGCCUGAUCUCCGGUGUCAAGGCGGGGGCCUGGCCCGAGAAGGCCUUGGACCUCUUUGGCGACCUCCGAGGCAGGCGGCUUGCGGCCGACAGCGUGCUGGUGAAUGCGGCCAUCUCUGCAGCCUCCACCGGGGAGGCGGGCCUCAUCCUGCUGCAUGACAUGCUGGAGGAGGAGCUGCGACCCGAUCUCUUCACCUACAGCAGUGUGCUCGACACUCUGGCGGCCGACGCGAGGUGGUCUGAUGCUGUGGACUUGGUGGAGGACCUUCGCUUCCGCGGACUGUAUCCAAGCAACGCAGUGGCCAGCACAUUGCUUCCAAAGGCCCCAUGGGCUGCGGCGCUGCAGCUCUGGGCGGAGGCAAAGCGCGGUUUGGAGCCGGACCAGGUGCUUUGCGGGGCCCACCUUGCAUCCUGGGAGGAGGGCUAUCACUGGCAGCAGGCUCUUGGCUCGAUGCGGUGGAUGCAGACGGGGCAUCUGGACCUCACCGACGUGGCCUUCUCCUCUGGAAUCCUGGUCUGUGCCAAUGCCCGACGUUGGCCAGAGGCCGCCAUUCUCCUUGAGCACAUGGAGAACUCGUCGAUGAAGCCGGCAGCGUCCAAUUACGAGUCUGCAAAUCGUCGAAUCAUCGUCUACAACCAAGGCCUCUCUGCCACUGCUGCGCAGUCGCUCAGCGAGCCAAAAACCGCUUCUGCGGCCGCCCGCAUGACGUCCAUCGCCGACUCCGUGGAGCUGCGCCGCAGCGACCGGCAGCUCCUCUUGGCCGAAGAUGGGCAGCCGUAG